GCAGGACGGCCAAAAUGGCGGCGACCAACGGUUAAACAUACGGGUACGACGUCCAUGUUUGUUGGGGAGGAGGGAGCAGAGACCCGGAUGUUAGGCGGCAGAAACACGAGCUAACGCUACAGCUAACGGUAAGAAAUGGAAAUUAUAUCAUCGUUCAUGUAACUGAUAGCACAUUGUUGGGACCACGGUCACUCAUGUUGUGAAGCAGAAGGUAGAUAUGGUCCGUAAGAAAAGCGUAGUCUGGUGCUUUUUUAGACGCGUCGACGAAGAGUCGGUCCAGUGUCUGCUCUGUUUGGGUCGGGUAAAACACGGACAGGGUCAGGGCACCACCACCAACCUGCUGAGGCAUCUACGAGUCAAACAUCCCGCCACGGAGAUCAAGAAGAUACCUGAAGCAGUUCACGAAGACAUGGAGACGGAGGGGGAACACUUCUGCUCCGUGGAAGUGGCACUUGAGGACGGAGACGCAGAGACCCAUACCACGGGGAAUGACGCUGAUAUUAACUCUGCGAUUGAUAGUAUCCUGGAAGCUGCACAAGAAGGUCCAGCAGAACAAACGACACAUGAGGAAGCGAGUGAUCACCGCCCUGUUAUACGCAGACAGAAGAAACGGAGUAUGAUUUGGAGGCACUUUGAGGUUUUGGACAGCUUGGAAGCUGCUCGUUGCCGUAUUUGCAUGAAGAAGCUGCAGUGCUUUGAAGGCGGCAGCACAAGCAACCUUCAUCGCCACAUGUCAAAAAGACACCCAGAGAUGUUCUCUCGGCUAGCGGUAGACGGACAGACCCCACCACCAUGUAACUCAAAUGCUAAUGGUGACACAUUGAAACCAUCAAAGACUGUUGGGUCAACAGAGAUAGGUGCGUUGAAACUUCCAAAUGCACCUACGGGAGCGAAGUCUGCCUUGAGGAGAGAAAGGGAGCUGAUAGAAGCUCUGAGGAGAGCCCAGAAAGAGGAGGCUCGGGCCCUGGAGCAUCAGAGGGAGCUGCUUGAAAAGCUGCGUGCGGUGGAUGCCAGGGAGGCAGCUGCAGAGAGGGAGAAAAUUGAGUCCCUGAGGAAAGCACAGCUGGAGGAAGCUAACGACUUGAGUAGACAGAGAGAAGAGCUGCAGAGGGAAAAGGAAGAGCUACAGAAGAAAAUGGAAGAGUUUCAUCAAGAAAGACAAGAAGUUUCCAGAGGACAGCAAGCCCCUGAUCCAGAUACAAUCUGUGAAUGAUUUAGGACUAAUUAAAAUACAUGACGAUUGUAAAAAUGCAGACUUUUCUUUUUAUAAAAGUAUAUUUAGCACCCAAAAAAUUGGACAGCCGAUUUUCUUUCUUGCUUUUUUAUUUUUUUUUAUUUGUAAGUUUUCACACUUGUGCGAAAUGUCUCAAUAUGUGAUGUCCUGAUGUCAUACGGGCAUUAAAUGAGUCAAAUCUCAUCCUCCCUCCCUCAUCCUGCAUUCACUCAUAGCCACAAAAAGCUAUUUUUAUGUUUAGUAAAUGGACUGUUAAUCAUAUAGAGCCUCUAUACUAAGCAGAGACUGGCUAUACAAUGCAUGUGUUGCUCCUCACUUUUUCAGUCAACACAAAAUAUUGUCAUAAGAUAUGGACAAACAUCAGAGGCUACCAUGUAGACUUGUGAAUAUAUGAUUACGACAUGGGCUUGAAAUGAUUAGUCAGUUUAAUGUUAAAACUUAUUUGGUUCAUGUUUUUUUUCUCUCCAUAAAACACCAUGUUGUCACUAACAAGUAGUGUGAAACUGUUAAAGAAAGAAAUUUAACUGAGUAUCUUGUAGAGACUUGUAAAUUCAUUUUAAGUGGCAGCAUUUGUGCUGGUGUGAUGAUGUGGAUGUUAACCUACAGUUGGCUUUUCAUGAAGCUUUUCAAGCACCAAAAGAUUGAAAACUACGCUUUCCCCCCCAUGAUAUGUUUAAUAUGUUUGUUUAUGUUUUGACAAUACAGAUGUUUCCAGAAAACAAUGUGAAAGCUCCUUUAUCCACAUCCGCAAUGCGCAUGCAUACUCUUCCAGCAUAGUGCAACAGCUAGAAGUUUUAGUCUGUUUAAAAUCCUUCGGAUAUAUUGCAGGUGCACAGAGCCUGAGGUGGACUUUAGUGUUAAACAUGUCUUGUAACAUCCUUCCAGAAAUUUUAGGUUUUUAGAUAUUCCCAUGGACAGUGAAAUACUUUUUCCUAUUCAAACAUCUGGAAUAUUAGCAGACAUGAUGAAGCCUGAGUUGAAUACAUUCUCAUCAUAUUGAAGUGAUUUUAAACAUUGUAUUUAUGAGGAGUGAAGUGAGUUGAUUUAAAAAUGAGCUCACUUUUAUUUAAUACCUGUGAAUGUACAAAACGUACAACGCAUGCGCACUAACCUUAGCUUUUAUUUCCCAGAACUUGACUUCUCAGGUAGUGAGUGUUGCUGCUGCUACAGUGCGCCCUUCAACCAAUAAACGCUGAUGUGCAGGUUUAUGUCAUGUUUGGUUAAUGGAUGAUGGUCACGUUCUCGCAAAUUAAAGACGAGGAGACGGCUCUUUUUUUUUUUAGCCCUCCAUAUCCUGCCUGGCAGACUGAACCCAGGGCGUGCUCGCCUCCUGGUGACGUUGGCCCCUGAGUGCUGUCUGAAGAUGGCUGACAGCGGACCACUGGCAGCGAGAAGAUGCGACUCCGGCUCGGUGUCUUCGGUGAGUAUGGAGACCAUCUCGGGCCUGACGGAGCUGGAGGACCUGGAGAGAGUUUACCAGCAGCUCUGCGUGCAGGAGAAAGAAGUGGAAGCUGAGCUGGACAGGCUGGUGGGGCAGGAGGGGACCAUUCACACAAAGAUGCUGGCCCUGCAGAGGAUGGGGCCCAACCUACAAUUGAUCGGAGGAGACGCUAGUCAGCUGUCAGGCAUGAUCACGUUUACUUGUAGCCUGGCUGAAAAUGUCAGCCGCAAAGUUCGACAGUUAGACCUGGCAAAGACGCGGUUGUAUAAUGUCAUCCAGCGUGCUGACGACAUCCUCGAUCUGAAGUUCUGCACAGACGGUGUGCAGACAGCUCUACGUAAUGAAGAUUAUGAACAGGCGGCUGCCCACAUCCAUCGAUACCUCUCUCUGGACCAGUCGGUUAUUGAGCUGAGCAGGCAGGGAGAAGAAAGCAGCGCUGUGGAUGCCAGUCUGGUCAUGCUUCAGGAGGCAGAGCAGAAACUGAAGGUCAUUGUUGCCGAGAAGCUGGAUGAAGCUGUAGCGGCAGUCGACCUUGCACAAGUGGAAAGGUUUUUCAAGAUCUUCCCUCUGUUGGGCCUCCACCAGCAGGGCCUCUCCCGCUUUGGGCAGUAUCUCUGCACUCAGCUCGCCUCCAAAGCUGAGGAGAACCUGCUCUUGGCUACUGGAGGAGACCUGAAUGAGAAGAGAGCACCGCUGGUAUUUGCAGACACUCUGACGCUGCUGCUGGAAGGUAUUGCUCGCGUCGUUGAGACUCAUCAGGUAAUUGUAGAGACGUAUUACGGUCCAGGACAUCUGUACACACUCAUCACUCACCUGCAGCAGGAAUGUGACAGACAGACUCAGAAAAUAGUCGACAGGUUCAUCCAGCAGAGAGGAUACCACAACAAGUUUCAGAUCGUCCAGAGCAGCAUGAUGAAGAGUGUCCCGGGGGAGAGGAUCGAGCCCAGGGAGCUGGAUCCCGUACUUUCAGAAGUAACCCUGAUGAACGCAAGGGCUGAGCUCUACCUGCGCUUUUUACGUCGUCGCAUGCUGGCAGACUUUGAAGUCUGGGAUGCACAGAGCGUCACACAAGAGCAUCAGCAGAAUGUGGAGAAGCUUCUGAAACACUGCUUGCUGAGCAGGACGAUGCAGGAGCUCAUUGGCUACUACAUCCCAAUGGAGGAGUACUACAUGAGAGAGUCUGUCAACAAGGCUGUUACUAUGGAUACAUAUGAAAAAGGUCAACUGACCUCCAGCAUGGUGGACGACUGUUUCUACAUUGUGAAGAAGUGCAUCAGCAGAGCUUUAUCGAGCUCCAGCAUCGACUGCCUCUGUGCCAUGAUCAAUCACGCCAACUCUGUGCUGGAGUCUGACUUCAGGGAGGUGCUGUACAACAAGCUACGGCAGGGCUUCCCGGCUACGACGCUGCAGGAUAUCCAGCGUGGUGUCAGCAGCGCGGUCAGUCUGAUGCAGAGCAGCUUACAGCAGGGCAAGUUCAACACGCUGGGCAUCGAGAGCGCAGAGCACGCUAAGGCUGCAUUUCUGGUGACUCUGAAUAACGUGGAGGUGUGCAGUGAGAAUAUCACAACUUUAAAGAGGAACCUCGAGAGCCACUGCUCCAAGCUGUUCAAUCAGGGCACCGGCUCUGGCGAACAAGCCAAGAUUGAAAGCUGUUUGUCCGACCUCGUCAACACGUCCUCCAAGUUCAAGGAUCUCUUACAGGAGGGCCUGACCGAGUUAAACACCACAGCCAUUAAGCCUCAAGUCAAACCCUGGAUCAGCAGCUUCCUGUCCAUCUCGCACAACAUAGAAGAGGAGGAGUUUAACGACUAUGAAGCUAAUGAUCCCUGGGUCCAGCAGCUCAUUGUUAACUUGGAGCAAAUCAUGGCAGAGUUCAAGACGGCCCUCUCUCCUGUCAUCUACGACACACUGACGAGUCUGAUGACAAGCCUGAUAUCUAUUGAAAUGGAGAAGACUGUCCUGAAGUGCUCGUUCAGCAGGCUUGGAGGGCUGCAGUUCGACAAAGAGCUUCGGUCUCUUGUGGCGUACCUCACCACUGUGACCACCUGGACCAUCAGGGAUAAGUUUGCUCGUCUCACACAAAUGGCCACCAUCCUCAACCUGGAGCGGGUAACUGAGAUCUUGGAUUACUGGGGCCCGAACUCGGGGCCCCUGACGUGGCGAUUGACCCCAGCGGAGGUGCGCCAGGUUCUAGCGCUGCGUAUUGACUUCAGAAGUGAAGAUAUCAAGAGGCUGCGACUGUAACUCAUGAACCGGAGCGCUGGUUAUCAACAGCGAUUGCCGUGCAGUUACCCACCCUGUGAUGCAUUUCACUAAAGAGCUCUGCACAAUCCAGGUUUAAUCCAUGUUUCUGUAAAUGGAUGCUGGCACGGGCAAAUAGCUGUGGAUUUUUUUUUUUGUCUGAAACAAAAAACGCUCGUUGUCCAUCCUGGAGAUUUAAGUCGGGUUUCCAGACUUUGCCUUCUGCUGCACACCAGUUUGAUGUCAGCCGAGUUACAGCUCAGCUUUUAGGGGCAUGGUUUGUGGUUAUUUGAUAAGACUAAUCUGUAAAAUAUGAUAAUAUUAUCUUAAAUCUGUAAUUAAAAAGUGUAACCGUGUCACAUGGGGAGUUUCAACCUUUUAACCUGUAGCUGGCUCUGAGAAACAAGGACACACCGGGACUGAGGAGCGGAGCUCUGCGGCUGUCAGCGAAACGGAGCAGUAAUGAACAUCGCACCCAUUAAACUGACAGAAGCAGGUCAGACAGCUGAUCCAGCCUAGUCAUUCAAUAUAUGAAUAGCUCCUUGUCUGUGAUGAUGGAACACUUUUAACCUAAUAAAUUGAGAGCUGCUGUGCA